CGACGAGCCACCUGAAGACGAGCCGAGCGGAGCCACGGUCGAGCCAAGCCGGGGCAUGCUGCGGAGCGGGAGUGAAGAGUGUUUGUUGUGAAUACCCCUUGCCCCCCAGUCCCCAGUGAAUAGCAGAAAGUGUCAAAAUGGCGGAUCUGGAGGCCGUGCUCGCGGACGUGAGCUACUUGAUGGCCAUGGAGAAGAGCAAAUGCACUCCAGCCGCCAGAGCCAGCAAGAAGAUCAUUCUCCCCGAUCCGAGCGUCAAGAGCGUGAUGCACAAGAGCAUGCUCCGGAACGGGGAGGUCGCCUUCGACAAAAUUUUCAAUCAAAUAUUAGGUUAUCUGCUUUUCAAAGACUUCUGUGAGAAUGUUGCAGAGGAACCUAUACCGCAGUUACGCUUUUAUGAGGAGAUUAAGGCUUAUGAGAAGCUGGAGACUGCGGAAGAACGCCGAACCGCAGCUCGUAUAAUAUAUGAUAAUUUUAUUAUGAAAGAACUCCUAGCACAUUCACAUGACUACUCAAAACAAGCAGUUAUGCAUGUACAAAAACAUUUAACAAAAAAUGAAGUCCCACCUAAUUUAUUUGAACCUUAUAUAGAAGAGAUUUUUAAUCAUCUGCGAGGAGAGCCAUUCCGCAAAUUUUUAGAGAGUGACAAAUAUACAAGGUUUUGUCAGUGGAAAAAUGUUGAGAAAGGAAUCAAUUUGACAAUGAAUGACUUCAGUGUCCACCGAAUUAUUGGACGAGGUGGAUUUGGUGAAGUCUAUGGUUGCCGCAAAGCAGAUACGGGAAAAAUGUAUGCAAUGAAAUGCUUGGAUAAGAAGCGGAUUAAAAUGAAACAGGGCGAAACUCUUGCACUGAAUGAACGGGUCAUGCUCAUUCUCGUCAGCACAGGGGUUGAUUGCCCAUUUAUUGUGUGUAUGACUUAUGCCUUCCAAACACCAGAUAAGCUUUGUUUUAUAUUAGACCUCAUGAAUGGAGGAGAUUUACACUAUCAUCUUUCUCAACAUGGAGUUUUCAAUGAACCUGAAAUGAAGUUCUAUGCUGCUGAGGUCAUAUUAGGUUUGGAACAUAUGCAUCGGCGUCAUAUUGUGUAUCGUGACCUCAAACCAGCAAACAUAUUGCUGGAUGAACACGGUCAUAUUAGAAUAUCAGAUCUAGGUUUAGCUUGUGACUUCACAAAGAAAAAGCCUCAUGCCAGUGUAGGUACCCAUGGUUACAUGGCUCCUGAGGUUCUUUCAAAAGGCACUCAAUAUGAUGACAGUGCAGAUUGGUUUUCUUUUGGAUGCAUGUUGUAUAAGUUGUUGAAGGGUCAUAGCCCCUUCCGGCAGCACAAAACCAAGGACAAACAUGAAAUAGACCGAAUGACUCUAACUAUGAAUGUGGAAUUGCCCGAAACAUUUUCAAAAGAUCUACGAUCUCUUCUUGAAGGAUUACUUCAAAGGGACAUUGACAAACGUCUAGGGUGCAGAGGAAAUGGGUAUGGAGCCGACGAAGUCAAAGAACACUCUUUCUUUGCGGGCAUGGAUUGGCAGCAAGUCUAUCUUCAGAAGUAUACUCCUCCUCUAAUACCUCCUCGAGGGGAAGUAAAUGCAGCUGAUGCCUUUGACAUUGGUUCAUUUGAUGAGGAGGAUACUAAAGGAAUUCGGUUGACUGAGGCUGACCAAGGGAUAUACACACAUUUCAAUGUGACAAUAUCUGAAAGGUGGCAAACUGAAGUAGCGGAGACAGUGUUUGAGACUAUAAAUCAGGAAGCUGACAAGUCAGAGCAAAAGAAGAAAGCCAAACAGAAACCCAAGUUUGACGAAGAUGAAAAAGAGUCUGAUUGUAUCCUGCAUGGAUACAUAAAAAAAUUGGGAGGUCCUUUUGCAUCAGCUUGGCAGACAAGGUAUGCCAAACUGUAUCCAAAUCGUGUGGAACUUCAUCCCGAAUCGGGAUCCACCAAGCCCGAACUUGUUUUUAUGGAUCAGAUCGAGGAUGUAAGUGCUGACCUGGUUCAUGUCAAAGGCGAGCAAUGCAUUGUUGUCCGCACAAGAGAAGGCAAAAUAGUUCUCACCAAUCCUGAUGAGAUUGGGCUGAAUGAGUGGGCAAUUUCAUUGCGAUCUGCUCAUAAAUGUUCCUUGGAACUGCUUGGAAACAUGGCAAAGAAAGCUGGGAAAAUUUAUGGAACAGAGAGAGAAGGUGCAGCCAAUAACAAAAACCCAGUCAUUUCAUCAAGAAACACAAAUGGCAAUUAGAGGCAAAACCCAAACAUCUGUCUUGUGCGCCAAUCUGUGAUCUGCUUAAGUAAAGUGUACCAGACUGCCGCACUGUCACCUUAGUUGAUGAAGCGUACUUCGUUUAGUCGUGUAAUCUUCACCUCUUGCAAAGUUCUUUCCAACGAGAUAUUGGGCAGUGCUACCUGUGUUUUUGUUUGUGUCAAGGAUUUUUUUAAAAAAUUUUUAGUGACUUGUUUUAAUAUUUAUAGUACCCUGAACUUGUUGAGCAUUGUGUGUUUUGAAGCAAUUUCACAUAUUGAUGUAUAGAAAUUAUGUGUAUUGUGUUUGUGAUUUUGAAAAUAUGUUGAUAUUUGUUGGUGGGUGCAACUAUUUGCACUCUCAUGAUGUGUGGUAUGUUGGGUUAUAAAAUGCCUUGUUGAGAAUGUCUGCAUUUGGAACAAGUCAUCAAUUUCUGCUAUAGCAGUUGCACAUGUGGAGAGCAUACAUUGUCUCCUUGUGAAAGCUGAUAUAGAAUACUACUGGAUUUAUAGAUAUGCUCCCACGUUCCUGACUGUGCCUUUACUUUUAAUUUAUUUAUUUACCAUAUUGAUGUCGUGCCAUUUACCUCUGGCAAAGUGGUUUUACUUGCUUGUUUGUCCCUUUUCAUGAAAUCAAAUAAGGAGUUGUGGAGGUGACAAGCAGUGUUGCCCAGCUAUUUUGGAAUACCUCGAUUCCCUUUGUGACCCUUUAAUAUCCAAUCUGUCCGGUAUGCUUUAGAAACUUUAAAACUUACUUGCGGAUUUUUUUCAUGGCUGUGUCAACUGCCUCUUUGAGUUGUUUCCAUUCCAAUUAAAUUCAAACCUGAUAGCAAUGAUUCCCUGCCAUAUCAUGACAUGACUGAAAAAUUGAUUUUUGUUCAAAAUUUUUUUUAUAGUGAAACAUUUUUGAAAAUCAAUUUUACCCAAAUACCCAGUAUGUGCUCUAGCUGGAAUCUGUCUCUGGUUAUACCACUGCAGCACUCCUGAUUGAAGCUUGGCACUUUUAACAAGUGAGAAACAAAAAUUUGGCUUCCUUGUUGCUUGUGUGGAUCAGUGUACCUCAACUAGAAGGCAACCUUUUAUAAUAAGGUAUUAAACCCCUUGUUUUUAGCCAUGUCAGUUAUUUAGAGCAGGGUGGAAAAGCCUCUGAUUAUUCCAAUGCCAGUCUUUGACCCAAAACUUAUAUCUCUACAUAAUGGUCUCCCAGAAUAGAUUUGUAGUUAAACUGUUUUUUGGGUUGAAUGUGAAGUGCUGCCAUGCUUUCAGAAACACUGAAGUGAUGUGGAAAUAACUGGGGGUUGACAUUGGGAUGAAGUAAUCCGUAGUAAAGCUCUCUAGUUUGAAAUAAACUACUGUAACAUCCCAUUUGAUCUGGGAAACAAGCGGCAAACACUUUGGGAUUUGAGUGGCCUCUCACACUGUCAUGCUUCUGCCCUCACGCGAAAUAAAAUGCCAUAGCUCACAAAAGAAGGAAAAUUUAACUUUCGUGCUUUCAAAUUCAUAUCGUGACCUGAACUUUUAAUCUACAGUUGCACCUGAUAAUACUUCUGGUCUUCAUUUUCAUCUUGGCUGGAUUUAGUGCAAAUUGUACACAUAAUUUACUUUUGUAAUAAGUUUAAUCGGAUAAUAACAAUAAGGCUUGAUUUAUGUUGGUAACUGGAUUUCUUUUAGUGAGGUACUUAUAGGAUUGUAGAUGCAACUCAGUUUUUCAAUAGUGAACAUUUGUGAUGACUUGGUAUUGACUGCUGAAAUGUAAAGGUGCUUAAUUAAAUGAAAUUUUGGUUGGCGCUGCACUGACUCAGCGACUAGCCAUUCUACAAAAAUAUUUUGGAGGACCAAAAGAGAUUCUCAUCUUCCGUACAAAGAUUUUUAAAUCAUCAAUACAUUUUAUAGAUGUUCCUGCUGUUCUGUCAGCAGGGUGACCUGUGAUGGAUGCUGACUGUCUUUGCCUUUAGUCUCGUGAGUUGCUUACCUUUUUCUUACUGCUGCUUUUGAAUAACUGCAUGUAACAGGCCUGUACGUUUUUUUUUCUUCUGAAUCAGUUACCCUUUUCCAAAAUGUCUUGGGGACUUUGUGUUAAGAAGCCCUUUUACUUCUUUAUCCCAACAAAAUUUGUAGGUGUGUCCAUUUAAAUCACAUUUUGGUUUGUAAUUUUUAUUCUUUAUGAGAUGACCAACAUUUGCAUGCUUAAUUUGAGGCACUUAAUUUAUUGUUGUUGCAUCUCAUGUCCCAAAGUGUCUCAAUUUGUGUGUGGCAGCUUACCCCCAUUUGUCUCUGUUAGUGCAGGCUUUUACAUCCAGAUAGGGGUGGGUUUGGAAACCACAAUUCUGUCGUUUAUUUUCUGCUUUGACAUUGUGUCCCCUAGUCUCCUGUUGCUUUUUGCAGCUUUGCAUGUGGAAUUGUAUGGCGCCUUUCAGGGAAUAUUGAGGGCCCUCCCAGAGGGUGCUAACAUCCUAUUAUGCUAAGUAUUGUGAGUUUUCACCACCCACCCAUUUAAAAAAAGUUAAUUAAAAUGUUAUUGUUAUUAAUGUUAUUAUUUUAGUUGUAUAAUUUUUUAUUGAUCAUAAAGAUCGUCAUAAUUUAUGGGGCAUUUUAAAAUGGGAUUACUUUUAGUGUCUGAUCCAAUUUCACUAGUGAGCCAUGUAUAGUCUUUGUGUCAGUUGUUAUCCAGCCAAGCGGAGGGAGUGAGAUUGCAUGAUGGUUUACCAUCUUUCUCCAAGAACCAUUACAUCACAUACAUAACUUGUUUAAUAUGGAACCAUAUAUAUAAAAUAUUUAUAUAUGUAUAAAUUUGUAUAUAUAUAUGGUUUCUCACUGAAUUAGGGUGCCUUUAGUUUAAAGACUUUUUACUAAGUAUAGUAAAUUAUAACUCAAUUCUGCAGUUCUUGAGACAUAACAUGUUUUGAUGCAUUUUAUAUUAAAUCAAUGAAUUUUCUAGAGCCCAGUGGAUUUCUACGCAACAAUAUAGGUUUUAAAAGCAGUUGCUCUGAGUUUGUACCUUGUAUAUUAAUGUUAUUUCCCCAUGUGUAGCAUACCUCUGUGAAAUAUUCAGAAGAAAUCCAGACUACUGCAGUUAAAUCUGAAUUGACAGUCAAUUUUUUAAAAGUUGCCCUCCAAGAAGGGAAUUGCCCAUCUGAUUCACCUCUGAGCAAAAGUCUCUACCUGUUCCUCAGGUACAGCAAAGUGCCACAAACAAUUUGUGACAAGUGAGAGUAUUGUAGAUAUUACAUAGGUGUGUAGUCCUAUACUUGAGAUGUACCUGUCCUUAUCCCCCACUAAUGAUUUUGCAGCUACAGUAUAUUACUUCAUUUUUAUAACAAUGCCAUUCUUGAUUACAUUUCCAUUUUAAAUUCUAGUGUUAAAUUUCUAGUUCUUUAAUAUUUUAUGUUCACCUGUUGAAAUGCAAUAGCAGUAUCAACUGUAGUGCCCAGUGAUUGAGGUGCUUUAUAUCAUAAGUAUAGUUAUGAACUUGCUGAGGUUAACACAUCAAAUAUGCUUGACAGAGAAGGAGGGAAGAAUUUACUUCCAAUGAUUUCAUUUCAGGUGAAUCUGAACAGUCCAUCUGAAGUUUCGUUUGCCUAUUUGACUGUGAUAUUCUGAAGCAAACACGAGAUUUUAUAUCAGUCAGUUAAUCAAAAAGUUUAGAGCAUGCUCAAAUGUUGAGCAGAGAUAAGGGAAGAGCUUUUAUCAAUUUCUGUCCAUUUUCUUUCAUCUUUUUACCUUUCCUUCUUUUCUUUUCAUGUAUAUUUUAAACUCCUCUUCCCAUGUCUGAGUUUGAUGAAUCAUGUGAUUAUGUUUGGAAUUAACUUGCAUUUGACUUUAUAGAACUGGUGUGACCUAGCAUUAUGCUCGUUAUUUCGUUAUAUGAAGAAAAAUAAGCAGUGGAAUGUGGUGCUGCCAUGUGUUCACAUUGUUUAGAAAGUCGAAUAAAAAAAUAAAAAAGGUAAA